AUGUGGCUGCUGUGGCUGCUGCUGGGCUCGGCGGAGAGCCAGCUGCUGCCUGGGAAUAACUUCACAAAUGAAUGCAAUAUUCCUGGAAACUUCAUGUGUAGUAACGGGCGCUGUAUCCCAGGGGCCUGGCAGUGUGAUGGGCUGCCGGACUGCUUUGAUGACAGUGAUGAGAAGGAAUGCCCGAAAGCUAAAUCCAAAUGUGGUGCCACAUUCUUCCCCUGCGCUAGCGGGAUCCACUGCAUCAUUGGCCGCUUCCGGUGCAACGGCUUCGAGGACUGUCCCGACGGCAGCGAUGAGGAAAACUGCACAGCAAAUCCCUUGCUUUGCUCUACUGCCCGAUUCCACUGUAAAAAUGGUCUUUGCAUUGACAAAAGCUUUGUGUGCGACAGUCAAAAUAACUGUCAAGACAACAGUGAUGAAGAAAGCUGCGAAAGCCCUCAAGAGGCAGGCAGCGGCCAAGAUUAUGUGACCUCAGAAAAUCAACUGCUUUACUACCCUAGUAUUACCUAUGCUAUCAUUGGUAGCUCUGUCAUUUUCGUACUUGUGGUGGCCUUUCUUGCCUUAGUCCUGCAUCACCAACGGAAACGCAACAAUCUCAUGACCCUGCCAGUGCAUCGACUGCAGCACCCUGUCCUGCUGUCCCGGCUGGUGGUCCUCGAUCACCCGCACCACUGCAGCGUCACCUACAAUGUCAACAAUGGGAUCCAGUACAUGUCCAACCAGGCCUACCACAGGCCAGUGGACCUGGACUCUCCACCAUCCUAUUCAGAGGCUGUGCUUGACCAAAGCAGACCGCCUUGGUUUGACCUUCCUCCACCGCCUUAUUGUUCUGAAUCCCCUAAUCAGCCAGAUCUUCCUCCUUACCGAUCUCGGACAGGAAGCUUGGUGAGCACAGACACGCCCAUGGGAGGAAGCCCUCUGGGCACAGCCGGCAGUUGGACAAGGGACAUCCAUGACCACAUGGAUGGCCACAGAACUCUUCUCGAGAGGACAGCAGAUCAAAGCGAUUCUCUGGUCAACUGCAUUGCUGAAAGAGAAGUGUAACUGCUCCAGUAUUUGGGAUGGGCAGGAAGGCAUUUACUUUUUCAAGUCUGUAUGGAUUAGUCUGCUGUGGCUAAUAGGUUUCAGGGGGACAUGUGCCUGAAUGAUGACUUGGUUUGAAUCCACACUAAGUUGAUAUUUUAAUUCAUUUGAAUGGGCUUGUCAAAGACAGUCAUGAGAGCUAAACCUAGAGUCACAUCAGCUCUCCACAAUAUUUCUGCGAGCAAGUUCCAGUUCAGACUAGUAAGAGAAACAUCAGUGCUGUGUCAAAGAACUGAUGUGAUGUGUUUCUUGGACUAUUUACUGUAUAUGAAUGUAUAUAUGUGCAUGUAUAAUAUAUACAGAUGUUGCACACAAAAACUAUGCUGGAAGGACUCUUGUUUUCAGGCUGCCUCCCAUCCUGUUGACAUGUGAGCUGUUUGUUCUUACUGCCUAACGCCAACUGGUGGUCACUGAAGCACGGGAGGCAGUCUUUCUGCUUGGAGGUCUGAUGCCCAAUGCUAGCCCACUAGCAGUGCUCAAAUGCAGAAAACAUCAUACUUCACCCUUCUCUUCAUGGCCUGGAACAUUCUCACUGUGAAUGUAAUUUUUGAAGUUUAAGCUUGUGAGGAUGCAACAACUCUCUAACUGAGCAAACGAGUUUUUUUUCCCAGAUGCUAGUAUCUAGGCCAAAUUUGCAUGGGUUUUCUCAGGAACACUGCAAAGGUUGGCUUAUCUGUCAGACUUCAAGGCUGAGUACAGAGGCACUGAAGCUUAUCAACAAACCAGCACAAGACUUCUUUUCAAGUGUGGCAAAACAACAUUACUCCAUGUGUUCCUUCUUAAAAAAAAGACACAACCAAACCACAAAACAAAAAAACGCAACCAAAGAAAACCUCAAACUGUUUCAGCUAAAUCUUGAACACCAAAACCAGCCUGAGGCAAACACCCAUCACGGAAAGCUUUAGUGUGAAUGACUAGUUUGUUAUAUUUGUAAAAUAACUGAAAGCAGGUCAUGUCAUGAAAGGUGUUGGGCUUGUUGGCCCUGUCUACAGCGUGUAUACGUACAUGCAUGGAUAUAUAUGUUUAAUACUAUGUGUAUGUAUGUAAGUAGUGUAUU